AUGUGGGGUUCAACCUUAUAUAUGCUUGAAAGAGUUUAUGAAGAUGCAACUGAAAGAGAGUCGAGGGGGAAAGCAAGUACCUUGAUUAAACUGAUGGUGGAUUUUCACUUUGUAUUUAUUCUGCAUCUGAUGUUUAAAUUAUUGGGUAUAACAAAUACAUUGUUGCAUACCUUGCAACAGAAAGAUCAGAAUAUUGUUAAUGCAAUGAAGUUUUCAAAAAUAAAGCUACAAAACUUGAGAGACAAAGGAUGGGAUGCUUUUCUACAUGAAAUCAACAUGUUUUGUAACAAGCAUAGCAUUGUGGUGCUUGAUAUGGAAGAUCAAUUUCUAAUUUCAGGACGGUCUCGCCGUGCGAGGCACUGGGUAACUUGUUAUCAUCAUCAUCAUAAUGAGGUUUUUCUUUCUGUGAUUGAUUUGCUUACUGUUGAGAAGAAUAAUAGGUUUUCUGGAUUUAGUACUGAAUUAUUAAGGUACAUCUCUUGCCUUGAUCCAAGAGACUCUUUUUCUACAUUUGAUCAACACAGUUUGAUUUGCCUUGCUAAACUCUAUUCUGAUGAUUUCUCUGCUACUGACUUGUACUUCUUGAGAGAGAAGCUAGAUACAUACAUUUGUGAAAUGGUUCAAACUGGUAGACAUUCUACGUUUCCAUUGGUUUAUCGUUUGAUUGAGUUGGCUUUGAUUUUACCGGUGGUUAUAGCAUCUGUUGAGAGAGAUUUUUUGCAAUGA